UUGCAAUCUAGUCACUAUAAAAGUUUGCGCAACCCCCGGCUACUGUAUCAGUUCCCUACCGUCGAUCGUACCGCUUCAAUCGUUUGGCUGUAUUGUUUUCUGCCACCAGCCGUUAGUCAGGUGCACCGUUCUAAUUGCUUUCGUAACGGGCAGAGUUAAGAGUUUCGUUGAGAGCAGCAAACGAACGCUAGACUUGAGCGUAAUGUCCAGCACAAAGGUUAUUCUGUUGGUUGGUGCUGUGGUGCUGUUGGGAUUUAGUGGAUCGGCAGCUCAGACCAGUGAUGCUAGGGAUGCCUCCAAGGAAACGGUCACUGAGGCGGCUACCGUUGCGGAGGGUGAGCUUACGACGGAGCGUUUCAACGCCAGUCGCGUGCUAAGUGCUAUCCGGGCAGAAAUCGAACGACGACGUACCGAUCGCCGUCAGCAAACACUCCAGCGCAGUCAGGAACGUCGAGAGCAAAUCCUGCGGACUCUGGACAGCUUGAGUGAACGUCGCCGCGAGUAUGAACUUCGUCGCCAGGAGGCAGCGCAGAAUGCUGAAGCGUUAAAGGAAGCUCGUCGUCAGGAUAUGGAAGCUCGCCGGGUUGGUCGACUGCCCCAGCGUGAACGUGAGCGAGUGAACCGUGCACGACUGGAGCAACUGGCCGAACAGACGACACCGGAGGAGAAUGAAAUUGAAGACACGAUCGAUGGGGUGGCGGGUAGUGAGGAGGGGUCGGAAGUGGUGCAGCGGGUGCGUAAUCUGUUGCUAAUCGAGGAAGCGGGUGGCAAUUUGCGGCUGAUCGAUUUAGACACCGAGGAAGGCCAACAGUUUGUGCUGAACGGAGGUGCCAAGCGUGGUCCGAGUGGUGAAGAGGGGGCGGAACAGGAAGGGCAGGAGGUGGAGAGUGGUGAAGGGGACAAGCAGAAGGAGAAGGAGGCGAUCAAACCGAAGCUUAAGCCUGGUCAAAUUUAGAACAGAGAGCAGAGCCGUUGAUGGUUUAGAUAAGUAGUUCAUUGUUUCAUCAUUCAGUAGAUUCAUCGUUCGAAGUGUUCCAAAUGCCAUUGUUUUGUUUAUACUUUUGAAAUAAAAAUUUAGAUAACGAAAAUAUUU